AUGAGUAUUCACAUAAGUGCAGGAAAUGCAGCAUCAUUACCACCAAGACUUCCAUUUCUCUCUAGUGUGCCGCGAAAUGUGAAAAAGUCACGAUCUGCUCAUCUUGGUCUUGCGCAAUAUGUAUUCGUAUGUUGCAGCUAUAGAGGAUAUUGGACAUCUCGAGGUAGACCAUCAGAAAAGGGUAUUAUGAUGGAUGCAGAAGCUACUAUGCAAUGGGUUAAGAAAGAUUUAGAAUCACGACCAGACUCAGACGGAUGUGAGAUUAUUCUUUGGGGUCAAAGUAUUGGGGCGGGAGUUGCCACUGGUCUGGCAGCAAAAGAUGGAAUAUUUUCAGAUGAGUUGCGUUUACAUAAAUUGAUUCUGGAGACACCAUUUCUGGGCAUUAAAGCAAUGCUAGAAACACUUUAUCCGCAAAAAUGGCUUCCAUAUCGACAUCUUCACCCAUUUCUAAGAAACCAUCUUGAUAGUUGGAAAGCUCUAGGCAAAUUACAUGAACGCACUGAAAGAUCUGGAUUAAAAGCACCGCAGAUUCUGAUUUUGCAAGCUGGGAAAGACGAGUUGGUACCGGCAUCUCAUGGGGAAUUACUAGAGAAGAGGUGUUUGGAUCUUGGGUUGGAGGUAAGACGAGAAGUUGUUCAGAGCGCAUUGCAUAAUGAGGUUUUGGUUCGUGGAGGUGGAAGUACGAUUAUUGCGGAGGCUAUAUAG